UAACAUCGUCAGUUUCUUCUACAUGAAUACCCUUUGAAGAUCCCUCGACACUCGCACAUAUUCACAUCUGUACAACUGCUUAAUUACACAAACUCGAAGACGUCUGCCAUGGCCUUUCGGGCGACGAAACUGUGGCGCUCCCUCUCGAGGCGGCUGAACCCGCACGGCAACGCAACUACAUUUGCGACCUCGACCGCUCCCAAGAUGAAGACCUUCCCUCCUGCUUCGGGCGAAGGGGGACUCAAGCGGAGUGCCAUGGGGCACGCGUUGGCCGUGCCCAUAUACGUGGCGAUUGGGAUGAUUGUCCUCCAGCUCUCGUUUGGGAUCCACACGGCGAUGCAGCAGCUCUCGUGCUCCCCGGGCGUGCGUGUGAAGAAGUCGCGGCGGGAGACCUUGCCUGAAGUGGUGGAGCCUGAGGUGGUUGCAGAGGAGUCGGAGAAGUUCCUCACCAAGUCCUUCUUCCGGAAGGUCGCCCACAUCCAGGAUUUCGACACUGGAGAGACAGUGGUCCCGAACCAGGCAUCGAAGGACGCCUUCGCCCAUCGCCCAAAGAUCGAGACACUGAAGUCGGUUGGGGUAGACCCAAGGCCAUGAAUCAUUCGUACGAGCAUCCGCUAUUGCUUUCUUGUCCGGCAAGUCUCCUGCCUGGUUUAGUCGAUCAUGUACUGCUUUCCUCUUUGAUGCUUUUAUAUAUAUAUAUAUAUAUAUAUAUAUGGGGAAGAUUAAGUUUAGCAACUUCCCUAGGUUGUACACAUUAAAUGGAAAAUGAUGAUCCGAAGAUGCACAAAAGCGUUGCACUGCACGAGGACAAAUUUUCGAAUUUUCUGAAUUA